GGCUGAAAACUGAGCUCAGAGUUAGGAAAACAUUUGAACUUUGACAGCUCACUUUGCCCUGAAACAGAACCCACGUCCAAACCCCCUCAAGUGGGGAGAUUUGACAGACGACCUGUUGGAACUCGUCUCUCAGUUUUUGUCAAAACCGCCUGUGUCUGCUGAAUGCUGUGACAAAAUGUCGAAGGAGAGUCAGCCAGAGUCUGUGUUGCUGUGUCCUCUUGGCACAGCAGCUGCUCCUGAGACAGAGCUGCUGUGUAUCUUUGGGACAGGGGACAUGGGACGCUCCCUGGGCCAGCGUCUGCUCCAGGCUGGUUACAGGGUGGUGUAUGGAAGCCGCAGACCCCACAGCUGCGGACCACUGCCUGCUGGAACACAGGUAAUGAGCCACGCUGCAGCAGCAAAGUUGGCCACUCUGGUCUUCCUGUGUGUCCACAGAAAAAAAUAUGAUUUCCUGGAGACACUUGCACCGCAAUUGAAUGGAAAGGUACUGGUGGACGUCAGCAACAACUUGAAGGAGGACGUUUAUCCAGAGUCCAAUGCUGAGUAUCUGCAAAGAUUGAUCCCUGGAGCUCAUGUGGUGAAAGCCUUUAACACAAUUUCUGCCUGGGCUCUGCAGAACGGACCAUCAGAUGCCAACAGACAGGUGUUGGUGUGUGGAAACUGUGCAGAAGCCAAGCAGACUGUAGUAGCUGUUGCCACCAAACUGGGCUUUGCUGUUCUGGAUAAUGGUUCUCUGUCUGCAGCCAGAGAACUUGAGGAAUUUCCCCUGCGGCUCUUCCCAGAGUGGAGGCUGCCGCUCCGUUUGGCCGUCGGCCUAACUGCCACAUUCUUCUUUUACCUGGUCAUUAGAGAUGUCGUUUAUUCCUAUGUAGAAGAUGGGAAAGACAUCUCCUUCAGGAUCAUGGUGUCUCUGGCCAACAAAGUGUGUCCCAUCGUGGCCAUCAUCAUGUUGGCUCUGUGUUACCUGCCUGGUGUCGUCGCUGCCAUUCUUCAGCUCUACAGAGGAACCAAAUACAAGCGCUUCCCUGAUUGGCUGGAUCGAUGGAUGCUCUGCAGGAAGCAGUUAGGACUGUUAUCACUGGGCUUUGCUUUCCUCCAUGUUCUCUACACACUCAUAAUUCCUUUCAGACAUUAUGUGAGAUACAGAAUUGCUGCAAGCACAAUCUUAAAGAUGAGAGAGAACACGACAGCAGUGCUGGACACCACCCUGGCCUGGCGCACGGACUCCUUCUACUCUAUGGGAAUUCUAGGCUUCGGUGUGUACAUCCUGCUGGGAAUUACUUCUCUUCCCUCCGUCAGCAACGCUCUCAGCUGGAGAGAGUUCAGCUUCGUACAGUCCAAACUGGGUUAUCUCACGUUGUUCCUCUGCACCUUUCAUACCUACCUGUAUGGUUGGAACAAGUUCCUCAGCCCGUCUAACUACAGAUGGUACACUCCUCCGGGCUACAUGCUCAGUCUGGUAUUGCCGUCAAUUGUAUUGGUGCUUAAACUGUUGCUCCUGGUGCCCUGCGUGGACCGCAGUCUCACCCGCAUUCGACAGGGCUGGGAACGGACUGAUCCGGAAGAUGCCAGUAAGCAAGCCCUGCUAAUGUAGCAUCCCUCGACCCCCCCAUUUAGAAGUUACCCUCCAGCCCCCCUACCUCCCCAGGAGCAGCUCUCCCACUGCGUUUUUUAUAAACGCAAUGACACUAAAGGCAUUCCAUUCUCAUGUCUGAAUUCCAGAUUGAAACAUUAGGUUACAUGGAAAUGAAAACACAAAGACUCUGCCGUAUCACGUGAAGGUUUGAACAACAAUCCAUGUUCAUAAAACCACACGGCUUCUCUUUUGUUGUUCCUGUUGAAAUUGUUCUUGCAAACACGUUACAUAAUGACAUUUUAAACUACAUUUUAUGCAGGAGCUUUUCAUCUUUCUGAGGUCAUGACCUCGUCCUCAUAUUAAAUCUGUGACGGACUCAUUUUUCUGUUCAGUUCUGUGAAUUCUGUCAUUCCAUUUGAUGGUGCUCAUGUCUUCAGCUCCGACACAAACAUCUACAGGCAACAGUAUCUGGACCUGAAUGUAUCAGGAGAGUCGUCUUCCAUGAGGGGAGACAUUUUCCCAUCAGGCUCAAGCACGUCCAAUAAACUGCCCCUAAAAUACAUUAAAAAUAAGGAAACAACACUGAUAAAGAAAUUUACCAUAAACAAAAAUACCCAUAAGUACUUGGUAAUGUGAGGAGCGCUGUGGGUAUCAGCAACCUGACAUUUAAAGAAUGUAAAGCGACAGGUGAGGUCGACCUUUUGGGGCUUGAACCGAACACCUUUUUCCAUUUAAUUAACUGGAACUCAUUCUUCACCAGCAUUUGACUGCGAUCCAUUUAAUGUAUUUCAAGUUUUUUUCACAAUCUUCAACAAUAUUGUAUGGAUAACUUGUGUUCACGUGAUUAUCUGUAUUUCUUGUAUGUAAUUUGUAAUGUUGAGAUUUUUAUUUGUUUGUUUUUCACCUUUUAAAUUACAUUUAAUUGUGAAUAGUC